UGAAAAACAGUUAACAAACAAUAAAAAGGUAAGACUGUGGAAUACAAGACCAGACUUGGAUCAUAUCAAGAUUCCAAAAGCACCAGAGCCUUUCAAUUCUCCCAGUCUUCUACAGUUAUGCAUAACAUAAAAAAGGUGCAGAGAGUUUGUUAGAAAUAGUGUAAAACAAAAGGCUUCAGACCAUGUCGGGAAUGCCAACAAAGGUUAGUACAGUUGGUAAGGACUGAGUUCAUAUUCCAUUAGGAUAUAUAAGUUCAUUCUAUUGUCGAUGUGAGAACUUUGGUGAGAGAUAAUCUGUUAGUAUCUCUGUAGGCGUUUUUUGAGUCUCAAAACCUACCCUGGUCUUGAUGAAAGCCGGUAGUUUGCAUGGUUCCUCAACCUGCAUUCUCCAUCCACGUUCUUUAAAUCUCAGGACUCAGCAGACACGGAACAAGACCUCGAGCAGCAAGGAGAGUUUCAAGAUUUGUCAUCCAACAGAGGCCAGGAAGAACUUGAUUGCCUUGGAAGACAUUCUUCUCGGUCACCCUUCCUCUUUGUCCCCUCAUGAAUACAAAAGCACAAAUAAGUCCAUUAAUCCAAAGUUCCCUAGUGGAAGACUGGUAGAGUGCAAGAACUUGAGCAUCAAAACCGGUCAAGAAAUCACUAGCAGUUUACUUCUAUUUUCUACAUAUCACUCUUCUGUCAUUUUUUAUAAUUAGAUGCCAGUUGCUUGUGUGGCAAAAGCUGUUUGUAGUGUUAGUUGCAGAGCUAACAGAAUAAUUGCAGUGUUACUGGGCAGAACAGAAUUACACACUCAAUGUUCCCUUAAAAUUCCCUCUCUUUCCCUCUCCCUGGCUCUUCUUUCUCUGCACUAACUUGAUUUCUUUUUUAUCAUUCAUAUGAGGGCGAGCGUUCAAUUGUUAAUGCAUCAGGCAGAACUGAACAGGCAUAUCAUGUUAGGAACAUAGGGACAUGCAAUUCUAUAUUAUUAUAAUGUGAGAAAGGAAGUGUAGGUGGCUAAGAUUGUGAAGUAAAGCGUAAUAAUUAUAUGCCAUGAGAUAUCUGUUGGAGAAGGCAAUUGACAUGAGCCAAGUUAGUCAGAGUUAGGCAGAGUAAUGCAAAAAACAAUAAUUUGUGGUUGGUUGGUAUUACUUAACUCCAUCCUACAAAACAAUCAUUCUUUUGGGUCCUAUAAAAUUUUUUGUCAUAAUUCAACUACUUAAGCUUUUCUAUGAAGACGAAGAGAGCGAUUGGCUCUUUGUUACUGCACAUUUUCCUCAAAGUGUCUUAUGUUUGGUGAAAUGGAUAGAAAACAAGAACAAGACAAGGGAAACUCAAACAUGUCUGGCACGGAUGUAGCUCUAAUAUCUCCCAAAGUCCCAAAAGCAGUUUCACCACUUUCUUCUGCAGCAGAAGGGGACACCUUAAGGCGACCACGUGGCCGGCCGGCCGGCUCCAAAAACAAACCUAAGCCACCAAUAAUUGUCACCAGAGAUAGUGCUAAUGCACUGAAGGCUCAUGCCAUGGAAGUGAGCUCUGGCUGUGAUGUGAAUGAAAGUUUGUCUAACUUUGCAAGGAGAAAGCAACGUGGCCUUUACAUAUUCAAUGGAACAGGCUGUGUAACGAAUGUAACGUUGUGCCAGCCAGGCUCAUCUGGUGCCAUUGUGACACUUCACGGUCGAUUCGAGAUUCUUUCACUGCUGGGGUCAAUCCUUCCCCCACCAGCCCCUCCAGGGAUCACAGGCCUCACAAUUUACUUGGCAGGUGCUCAAGGGCAAGUUGUGGGGGGUGCUGUGGUUGGUGCUUUGAUUGCUUCAGGCCCUCUUGUAAUCAUGGCUGCAUCAUUCAUGCAUGCUACUUUUGAUCGCCUUCCAUUGGAAGAUGAUGAACUUGCUGCUGCAAUGCAGAAUCAGCAUUACCAAAAUGGACGCACCCACCAUCUUGAUAUUUCUGACUUGUAUGCAAUGCCACAGAACCUGCUCAUGAAUGGUACAAUGCCCCCAGAGAUAUACUCUUGGGCACCAGGGCAGAACUUGUCAAAAACCUGAAACUUAGCAUACUAUUUGUUAGUUGUCUCACAUCCACAAAAUGCACUGCAGUGUAGCUAUCAGGGGUCUUCCAAGGUUGACAUUGCAAAACAAGAUGAUAUGCUUAUUCUGAUGUAUUAAGAAUUAUUUUAGCAAACUAAUAGGUGUACUGAUUUUCAAUA